UGAAAUUGGCGAAUCCUAAAACUAUAGAGUAUCAGGUCGUUCGUACCUCGCUUUUGCCAGGUAUAUUGAAAACUGUGAGAGAAAACAAAAAACAUGCAUUGCCAAUUAAAGCUUUUGAAGUAUCUGAUGUGGUUUUCAAAGAUAAUUCUUUUGAGAGGCUAACAAGAAAUGAAAGGCAUGUAUGUGCAAUUUAUUGCAAUAAAGUAUCUGGAUUUGAGAUUAUCCAUGGACUUGUUAAUCGCAUUAUGGAUAUGCUUAAUGUGAACCUUGUUUCAGCUUCAAAGAAUGAAAAG